UUCUUCCGGAUGUCAUUUUCACAGACCUGCGAGGAGCAUGGAUUGCGCGCACGCACUCACGCACACGCAGAAAUGCGCUCACAAGUCAUCUGCUUUGAGACAUGAACACAAGUGCAGCCUUUAUUGAUGCCAGAAAAAAAAAAAGCCAACACGGGAUUCACACUCACUGCUGUGUGCAUGAGUGAGCCUCGCAUCCUUCCAUUACGCACCGGAGCCGAGCUCACAUGGGCUCCCCUAACCAGAACUCACACACGGGCACCAGAAAAGGCACCCCGGCGAUAUCUUCACCUUAUCAUACAUCAACUUAUUCCAUUGAAUGGCUUUAAAAAAAAAAAACUACGGAUGCACCAGAUUUUGGAUUCGCACCACAGGGAAGUUCCAAACUAUAUCCGGUUAAGUCUUGUUUUAUUUUCUUAACCCGCUGAAACACGAAGGGACAUUGCCACCAUGGUUGCAGUACCCUGAGGGGAGAUGGAUUUAGAAGGAGGAGAGCUGAACGGCUCUGCUGCUUGUUUGCCCCGGAAUGAGAGCGGAUCCGGGCUGAGCGCUUCUGCCGGACUGUCCACUGCGCUGGCCAGCGUGCUGAUCUUCACCAUUGUGGUCGACAUACUCGGCAACGUGCUCGUCAUCCUGUCCGUAUUCAGGAAUAAAAAGCUCAGGAAUGCAGGGAACAUCUUCGUGGUGAGUUUGUCAGUGGCAGACCUGGUGGUGGCGCUGUACCCUUACCCUUUGGUUCUGACGGCCAUCUUCCACGACGACUGGACCAUGGGUGACCUGCACUGCCAGGCGAGCGGCUUCAUCAUGGGAAUCAGCGUCAUCGGCUCCAUCUUCAACAUCAUGGCCAUCGCCAUCAAUCGCUACUGCUACAUCUGCCAUAGCUUGCAGUAUGACCGCGUGUUCAGCCUCAGGAACACGUGCUGCUACUUGGGGCUCACUUGGGUCUUCACCGCUAUCGCCACCGUGCCCAAUUUCUUUGUUGGCUCGCUGCAGUACGAUCCUCGUAUCUAUUCUUGCACUUUUGCCCAAACUGUUAGCUCAUACUACACCAUCUCCGUCGUCGUGAUCCAUUUUCUGAUUCCGCUUCUGGUGGUGUCUUACUGCUACUUGAGGAUAUGGGUAAGAGUGAUCCAAGUCAAACAUCGUGUGAAACCAGAACAACGAACCAAACUAAAACCCAGCGACGUAAGGAACUUCCUGACUAUGUUUAUGGUGUUUGUGUUGUUUGCCGUCUGCUGGGCGCCGUUGAACUUGAUCGGCCUGGCGGUGGCGAUAAACCCUGAGAAAGUUGCGCCGAAUAUACCCCAGUGGCUUUUUGUCACUAGCUACUUCAUGGCGUACUUCAACAGCUGCCUCAACGCCAUCAUAUAUGGCCUCCUUAACCAAAACUUUCGCAAAGAAUACAAGACGAUCCUCGUUGCUGUGUGCGUUCCACGUUUGUUCCUGGUGGAGACCUCCAAGUGUGCCACAGAGGGUCUCAAGAGUAAACCCUCUGCAGCUGUAACAAACAAUAAUGUAGCCGAGAUAAAUGUAUAGCAUAAAUGUUAUGCAUUUCUCAGGAAUUUUGUGCCUUUAAACUUGAUGUCAAUUCCCCGGUUUAAACGGAAUACACCCGAGGAGCUGAAACUGACGACACGCAGCCAAGUCUGGAGCAUUUGCAUUGCAAUGUAAUGACAUUUGGAGAUGCUUAUGCUACUGCAGCUAACAAUAUUUCCUUCAGAAAAGUCAUGCACAUCAGUUAUUCGCCAUGAAAUACACAAACCCAGCUGUACUCCCGUUAACAAUGAAUUUAAAACAAAUCAUGUUUUCACCAAAAAAACUAUUUGGCUUCAGAAAAGCAGUCAGCUGUGUGGGGGAAAUUUCCCCAAAGUCUCAGGCACAAUAUGUCUGUUUUGUGGCUUUUCGAAAGCGUAUCCCAGCAUGGUCGCAUCACAUGCGUGCUCACUGCGCUUCAGUCAGAUGCAUUCUGAUCCGAUGCAAAACAAAUAAAAAAGUGUGUUUUUUUAUUCCACUGUUUUGAUCUUUUAAAUGUAGCAUU